UCAUUCACUCGUGGCUCGUUCGUCUCCUCACACCUGCAAGAUGAGGUUCUUGGUCUCCUUCGUGGCUCUGUUGUGCGUGGUGGGAGCAGCAGUUGCUCUCUACGUGCCCAAUGCCCAAGAUCUGCACACCUUUGACACCAUUGCUGGUAUCACCAGCGACAACAACCGCGACAGCAGCAGCAGCACCGGUAGUAGCAGCAGCAGCGGCAGUGGCAACAGCAACAGCGGUGGCAGUGGAAAUAGCAACAACAACAACAAUAGUAAUAACAACGGCAAUAUUGGCGACAACAACAAUAAUAAUAACAACGGCAAUAACCGCAACAACGGUAAUAAUGGCAAUAACGGUAAUAACGGCAACAACGGUAAUAAUGGCAACAACGGUAACAACGAUAAUAAUGGAAACAACGGUAACAACGGUAAUAAUGGCAACAACGGUAAUAACGGCAACAACGGUAAUAAUGGCAACAAUGGUAAUAACGGCAACAAUGGCAACAACGGUAAUAACGGCCUAAGAGAUAAUAAUGGAAACAACGGUAACAACGGUAAUAAUGGCAACAACGGUAAUAACGGCAACAAUGGCAACAACGGUAAUAACGGCAACAACGGUAAUAAUGGCAACAACGGUAAUAACGGCAACAAUGGCAACAACGGUAAUAAUGGCAACAACGGUAAUAAUGGCAACAACGGUAAUAACGGCAACAAUGGCAACAACGGUAAUAAUGGCAACAGAGAUAAUAAUGGCAACAACGGUAAUAAUGGCAACAACGGUAAUAACGGCAAUAAUGGUAAUAACGGCAACAAUGGCAACAACGGUAAUAACGGCAACAACGGUAAUAAUGGCAACAACGGUAAUAAUGGCAACAAUGGCAACAACGGUAAUAAUGGCAACAACGGUAAUAAUGGCAACAAUGGUAAAAACGGCAACAAUGGCAACAACGGUAAUAACGGCCUAAGAGAUAAUAAUGGAAACAACGGUAACAACGGUAAUAACGGCAACAAUGGCAACAACGGUAAUAACGGCAACAACGGUAAUAAUGGCAACAACGGUAAUAACGGCAACAAUGGCAACAACGGUAAUAAUGGCAACAGAGAUAAUAAUGGCAACAACGGUAAUAAUGGCAACAACGGUAAUAAUGGCAACAACGGUAAUAAUGGCAACAACGGUAAUAACGGCAACAAUGGCAACAACGGUAAUAACGGCAAGAACGGUAAUAAUGGCAACAACGGUAAUAACGGCAACAAUGGCAACAACGGUAAUAAUGGCAACAGAGAUAAUAAUGGCAACAACGGUAAUAAUGGCAACAACGGUAAUAAUGGCAACAACGGUAAUAACGGCAAUAAUGGUAAUAACGGCAACAAUGGCAACAACGGUAAUAACGGCAACAACGGUAAUAAUGGCAACAGAGAUAAUAAUGGCAACAACGGUAAUAACGGCAAUAAUGGUAAUAAUGGCAACAAUGGCAACAACGGCAACAACGGUAAUAACGGCAACAAUGGUAACAACGGUAAUAACGGCAACAACGGUAAUAAUGGCAACAGAGAUAAUAAUGGCAACAACGGUAAUAACGGCAAUAAUGGUAAUAACGGCAACAAUGGCAACAACGGCAACAAUGGCAACAACGGUAAUAACGGCAACAAUGGCAACAACGGUAAUAAUGGUAACAGAGAUAAUAAUGGCAACAACGGUAAUAACGGCAAUAAUGGUAAUAACGGCAAUAAUGGUAAUAACGGCAACAAUAGCAACAACGGUAAUAACGGCAACAACGGUAAUAAUGGCAACAGAGAUAAUAAUGGCAACAACGGUAAUAACGGCAACAACGGUAAUAAUGGCAACAACGGUAAUAACGGCAAUAAUGGUAAUAACGGCAACAACGGUAUUAAUGGCAACAAUGGUAAUAAUGGCAACAAUGGUAAUAACGGCAACAAUGGCAACAACGGUAAUAAUGGCAAUAAUGGUAAUAACGGCAACAAUGGUAACAACGGUAAUAACGGUAACAACGGUAAUAACGGGAACAAUGGUAAUAAUGGCAACAGAGAUAAUAAUGGCAACAACGGUAAUAAUGGCAAUAAUGGUAAUAAUGGCAAUAACGGUAAUAAUGGCAACAAUGGUAAUAAUGGCAACAAUGGUAAUAAUGGUAACAGAGAUAAUAAUGGCAACAACGGUAAUAACGGCAAUAAUGGUAAUAACGGCAACAACGGUAAUAACGGCAACAACGGCAACAACGGUAAUAACGGCAACAAUGGUAAUAAUGGCAACAGAGAUAAUAAUGGCAACAACGGUAAUAACGGCAAUAAUGGUAAUAACGGCAACAACGGUAAUAACGGCAACAACGGCAACAACGGUAAUAACGGCAACAACGGUAAUAACGGCAACAACGGCAACAACGGUAAUAAUGGCAACAAUGGUAAUAGUGGUAACAGAGAUAAUAAUGGCAACAACGGCAAUAACGGGAACAACGGUAAUAACGGCAAUAACGGUAAUAACGGCAACAAUGGCAACAACGGUAAUAACGGCAACAAUGGUAAUAAUGGCAACAGAGACAAUAAUGGCAACAACGGUAAUAACGGCAACAACGGUAAUAAUGGCAACAACGGUAAUAACGGCAAUAACGGUAAUAACGGCAACAACGGUAAUAAUGGCAACAAUGGUAAUAAUGGCAACAGAGAUAAUAAUGGCAACAACGGUAAUAAUGGCAACAACGGUAAUAACGGCAAUAACGGUAAUAACGGCAACAAUGGCAACAACGGUAAUAACGGCAACAACGGUAAUAAUGGUAAUAACGGUAAUAACGGGAAAUGAAUUGAAUUAUUUGAAUAAUGCCACUCAUUGCUCCGUAACAGUAAGGUCAUAUGGUGCCGUAUGAAAAUACCAAAAUAUUAAAAUGUUGAGAUACUACCACACAUAAGGCAUUAAAACACCAAUAACACGGGUAACAGCUGCAACAUCAAUAACACCAGUAACAAGGGUAACACCGGUAACACUGGUAACAGCGGCGACAUCGGUAACACUCGUAACAGCAGCAACACCGGUAACACUACUAACAGCGGCACACCGGUAACACCGGCAACCGUGGCUCCACACACACACACACACAUAAGUAGUCCCUCUGCUACUUCUGGUUCAGUCGCUAUGGUCAAUUCCGUUUGGCGUAAUAAUUACACCAAAUUAGGCACUGAGUAUUCCCUCAAAUUUGCAAUUAUGUAUGUAAACCAUGAAAAUAAAUAUUCUGGAAACUG